UGUAUCGAAAUGAAUAUGUAGUCUCACUGCGUCUUCGUACAAAAACGUGGUGCAAGAGAAACCAAAACAAUUUUUUUUGUCUGAUAAUAAUUUUUCUGUCAUCAAUUUCCAUUUUAAAAUUAAAAAAUACGCUUCCAUUUAUUACCAGCCAUAAAAUAGUAUUUCUUUCUGAAAUUUUCGUUGAUAUUAUCAAAGGCAAAAGUAAAUUUACGUGAAAUUUGUGAGCGUGUGAUUUUUUAUUUCUUGUCGAACUAAAAUUUUGUUCAAUCCAAAAUGUCGAUGCAACGCUGUGUUGGUGUAUUCUUAAAGAAUGUUCUAACGGUUCAACGCACCAGCGGAGUAAAAAGUGUGAGAAUGCUGUCUACAUCGGAAUGUCGUACAAAAUUCUUAUCGAACAGCCCAAAUGCAUACUUGGAUAAAUCGGUGCUGAAUCGAUAUCGUCAACUAAAAUAUGAUCCAAGUAAAAUUCAAGCCACUUAUCUGUGGAUUGAUGGCACUGGCGAAAAUAUUCGUUUAAAGGAUCGCAUUUUGAAUCGUGCACCAGACCGUGUCGAAGAUCUGCCAUCGUGGCAAUAUGAUGGUAGCUCAACAUAUCAGGCGCUUGGUGGAAAUUCCGAUACAACACUGAUACCACGCGCCAUUUAUAAAGAUCCAUUCAAGGUCGGUGAACGUGAUGUUAUUGUUGUGUGCGAUACAUACAAACCAGAUGGAUCACCAACUGAAAGCAAUAACCGCUACCUCAUGCAAGAUGCCGUUGAUAAAACGAAACAACAUGAACCAUGGUUUGGAAUUGAACAGGAAUACACAUUGCUUGACAUCGACGAACGACCGUUUGGAUGGCCUGAAAAUGGGUUCCCAGCACCGCAAGGUCCAUAUUAUUGUGGAGUUGGCGCAAACCGUGUUUACGCCCGUGAUUUAGCCGAAGCGCAUACAUUGGCUUGCUUAUAUGCCGGUAUCGAUUUUGCUGGCACAAACUCUGAAGUGAUGCCCGCACAAUGGGAAUAUCAAGUGGGUCCAUCGCUUGGCAUGAAGGCUGCCGAUGAUUUAUGGGUUUCACGUUACAUUUUGUGGCGUAUCGCUGAAGAAUUGGGUAUUGUCGUUACAUUUCAUCCAAAACCCAUAAAAGGAGCAUGGAACGGUGCCGGAGCACACACAAAUUUUUCAACGAAAGCGAUGCGCGAAGAUGGUGGAAUUAAGGCAAUUGAAGCUGCCAUUGAGAAACUGUCAAAGAAACAUGAUAAACACAUCAAAGCAUAUGAUCCACGAGGUGGUGCAUAUAAUGCCGAACGAUUGAUUGGCGCAUUGGAAACUUCGUCCAUCGAUAAAUUUUCAUGGGGUGUUGCUGACCGUGGAUCAAGCGUGCGAAUUUCUCGUAGCGUUGCCAACGCGGGCAAAGGUUAUUUGGAAGAUCGUCGACCAAGCUCCAACUGCGACCCAUACGCUGUAUGCAAUGCCAUUCUCACCACUACUUUAAUCGAAUAAAUACAAAUCAUUCAAUACAAUUGUUACAUAUAUAUUUCCGCCAAUUUCUUUGAAUAUACUUCUAAUAUCAAUUCUGUAAUAACAAUGAUGUUCAUUUCUCACUCAAAUAAAUAUUCUAUUGUAUGAUGUAAUAAAAUGAUAUAAUUUACACAAUAUAA